GUUACACUGGUUAUAAUGUUCUUCAAACCGGAAAUCAACAGUAACUACACACUACUGCUUGGCGGCAGAAAUAGACAUUGCGGUGGUACCUACUGAGACAGACUCUCAAAUAUAAGAGACAUAUCACCAAAGUUUAUACAUACGUACUUUCACAUUCAUGUUAGUAGGUUAAGUUUAUAUAAUAUUCGCACGUCAAUGAUUGUCACAUAUCCACGGACCUACACACAAUGUCUUUAUCAAAACAUCAUUGUCUGACAACAAUGACCACAAAUCCAUCUCUUUCGUCGAAGAGCCAGCUCGGAUUCCAAACGUCUCAGUUUGCGCCAAGAAGUUGGAUCCAACAGACCGAUACCUGGAGGUGAUGUGACAACAAUGUUGUUCGUUUGUGUCGUUUUGGUGAUGUUUCUAGAGGGGACGCACGAACACUUCUCAUCAAUGGACGACAUACCUUUGACGAAAUCUUUGGGUUAUUCUCUGGAUAAGAACUUUGGCAAAACAUUGCGUGAUUCCAGAUUAAGCCAGGAGUAUAUAGAACAGUACCAGGAAAUGUUAAAAGUAAGCCAGGAAUCCAUUGAAAGUAUCAGCAAUGAACAUACGAAAUUCAGAAGAGAGGGAGAUGGUAACUUUGAAUUAGUGCCUUCCGCCUUCGGUCGCCAGCAGUCAGAAGAAGAGCGCGCUCGCAAGCCGCCCGGAGGGAGAAACUUAAUAGCCAAAGCUUGCUCAGUCAUAGGCAACACUCUAGACAAAUAAAUCGAUAUGAAGAGUGAAUAUGACUUUUAAUCCAUACUAAUAAAUGCCAAAGUUACUUUGUA